UCCCGCCGGCUGGGCGAUGGACGGCUACUUGCGCUCUCAGGGAUUGUACCGCAAGCGGGUGGCCAAGGACGGAUCCUGCCUCUUCCGGGCCGUGGCGGAGCAGGUUUUCUACUCUCAGUCUCAGCAUAUCGCUAUUAGGAUGUCCUGCAUAAACUACCUGCGGAAAAACAGAGAGAAGUUUGAAGCGUUUAUAGAGGGACCAUUUGAAGAAUAUUUGAAAGGCCUAGAAAAUCCACAGGAAUGGGUUGGACAAGUGGAAAUAAGUGCCCUUUCUCUUAUGUACAAGAAAGAUUUUAUAAUAUAUCAAGAACCAGACUCUGCUCCUUCACACGUAACUGAAAAUGGCUUUCCUGAUAAGGUAUUGCUGUGCUUUUCAAAUGGAAGCCACUACGAUAUUGUCUAUCCUAUAGAAUAUACCGUCAACGCUGCACUUUGCCAGUCUAUUCUGUAUGAAUUGCUGUAUGAGAAGGUGUUUGGUAUAGAUGUGGGUAAAACACUAGAAGAGCUCAACCCCCCUGAUGUGAACAAGCAGGGCAGCGGGAGCUGUGAAGAGUCUGAUUCAGAGGAUGAAAACAUAGAAAGCAAAAUGGCUACAACUACUGAUAUGAAUGGAUUGAACUCUCUGGUCAAGAAGAGUCCCAAAAAUGAAAAACCUGCCUCCAUCUCCUUGUCUACAAAAGUUCUUCAGUCACUCAAUCCAUCAGUUUACCACAAUACUGAAUAUGCCAACUGGCAACGAUCAAAACGAGAUCAGCAAAAGCGAGAUUUUUCUAUUGCUGCUGGCAUGCAGUAUUCAGUUGGAGAUAAAUGUAAAGUGCGUUUAGACCACAAUGGCAAGUUUUAUAAUGCUCACAUCCAAGAAGUCCAGUCUGCAAAUGGACCAGUGGUUGUCUUUGUGGAAGAGCUUGGUGCCAGGCAUUCUGUUCUGCUAAAGAACCUCAAACCACUUCCACAGCCUUCCCCUGUGGAAACCUGGAACACUGUGUCAGGAAAGAAGAUGAAAAAGCUCACUUCAUCGCAUGGGCAAAUUGUUCAGACUGAUGCAGAUGGCCGAGGGUCAAAGAUUUCCAACAAGCUGAUAAAAACUCCAUCAGCACGGCCUCCUCGACUGCAAGGAUCAAGGGAGCAUCCCGUGUCUUACCCUGGCCUGUGCUCUCAACAAACCUCUCCUGAGCACAAAACUCUAGGCAGAAGUCUCUCGCAGGUUGCCAGAAAGAUGGACCGUGAGAGAGUGAAUGAUUUGGACUCUGCCAGUAGAGAUUAUUUUAGCCUUUCUCCGGAGGAACACAAAGAGAAGCAGACUGUAGAAGAAACAUGUUCCCCUUGUGAGCUUCAGCUGCAGGAUGAAGAAGCCUUUCCUGCUCUUUCUAAUCCAUCAGUGUCUCAGGUAUCCACUCAGACCACUGGUAAUCGUGGACGGAGAAAACAUUUGGUUCCUAAUGAGAGAAAAGCCAACCAUCUGAAAGAAGAAAAGGAAGAGAGAAGAGACAAAGUAGGAGCAAAAGAAGAAAAAGACUUGCAUCUGACUCAGAUCCCUGAAGAUCUGAAGCUUCAGCCAGGAAUGCCUGAGAAUAGGGAAGAUUACUCCGAUCCAGCAGCAUCACCUCCCUCAAGUCAUGGAGAUACACAAUCGCCGCCUGUUGAACAAAAAUUGCCAGAACUCUUACCAAGUGUCAGCCACAGUCCAUCUCCGGUUUUUCCUGAGGUGCAUUUGGCUCCUGCAGUGCCUUCUGUACCAACCAUUGUGCCAUCUUGGGCAAGUGAGCCACCAACCUAUGGGCCAACAGGUGUUCCACCCCAAAUACCUGGCCCAUCAGUUAUGCCAUCUUCAGCCACUGGUCUAGAUUCCCCUCUUGCUCAGACAACAUCCAGCCCAGUUGCCGGCAUUCCAGUACCACUCCAAGCUGUUAGCCAGCCUCUAAUGCCGAUGUCUCAGACGCUGAAUCUGUACCAGGAUCCUCUGUACCCUGGAUUCCCUCUCAAUGAAAAGGGGGAGCGAGUCAUGACCCCUCCUUAUUCCUUCUGCAGCACAGCGGAGGAUCUUCCGAAUGAUAAAAACAUUCUCAGAUUUUUCUUCAAUCUUGGUGUGAAGGCGUACAGCUGUCCCAUGUGGGCCCCACACUCCUAUUUGUACCCUCUGCAUCAGGCUUGCUUGACAGCUUGUAGAAUGUAUCCGAAGGUGCCCGUUCCAGUGUAUUCUCACAAUCCUUGGCUGCAAGAGGUACCUUUGACUCAGAAUGGAAACGGAGAUGUACAAACAGAAGGCCACUUUCCUAUGCAGAGUGAAGUCACAAUGAACGGCCAAAGUCCGCACACCGAAACCAUGCCUCCACCCGUGCCCCUGUUCAUACCUACUACUCAAGUGCCUGAAAACCAAGGACUUGUCUGUCUAGAGUCUGAGAAUCCAGCACAAGCACUUCAUACUGAAUACGACGAGUCGUUGGGACAGAAAAGUGUGUUCCCCCAACCUCCAUUUGGGCAGAGUCCAUUCUUGGGACCUGUUCCAGUUGCACCCAUUUUCCCUCACCUUUGGUAUGGGUAUCCUAUUCAGGGCUAUGUUGAAAAUUCUGUGGCGAGACCAGUUACUGUGCCUCCUGAGGACCCACGAGCUGCUGUGUACUUGCCUAAGGAGUGUGGUUCUCCAGCUCCAGCAGCAGGAUGUGUCGAGUCUCUUCAGAAGACCAAGGACGAAAGCAGCAUCCAUCAUCUUCCCUUCCCUGUGGCUACUGCACAAGGUGAAUGUGGUGGUCUCAGUAUAAACUCAGCCACAGUGCCUAAGGAGAAGCAGACUUUUCCUGCUGCCGUACCUGCUACGCAAACGAAGUCUGUACUCCAGAAUCUUUCCACAGAGGAUAGCAAGAGGCAAGCUGUGUCGGCACCAGCAGCGCAGCUUCCAAACACUGUGUCUAAGAGUACCUCUCUGUGCCCAAAAGAAAAGACAGAUAAAGCUGGUGCGACUAGCAACUUAACAACCAGCUUGGGGGAAAGUAAGAUACAAAGGCCGAGGGAAGAGAGUUCUGAAGAUGAAUGUGAAGUUUCUGAUAUGCUGAGAAGUGGCCGGUCAAAGCAAUUCUAUAAUCAAACUUUCGGAGGAGGUCGAAGACCCAGAAGUGAUUGGAGCUUCCCCCCUGGGAGGGGGGGAUACUAUUACUCAAGAAAUGAGGAAGGGGGGAAGGGGCCAUUCACCAGAAGCAGAGGUGAAGGCUAUCGCUGUCACCGCAGUUCUAGGGGGAGGCCUUAUCGUAAUGAGAGAAGAAGAGCAAACACGGGAGAUGGUCAUCGGGGGCAGCAGUUCCCUUGAGAGAGAUUUGGGGUCCUUCCGACAUGGAUACUACUGCUGAGAGCGCUAAAAUAUGCCCAAAUGCUCACAUGCUUUCUG